AUGACAUCAUCAUCAUCAACAAACUCCUUCCUCAUCCGAAACCAAACCCAGAUCCCUUCCUCCAAAUCCCAAUCCUUCCUCCACCUCACCAAACCUCCCACCCUCACCCUCACCUCCACAAAAACCAAACCCUUCUCCAUCAAAUGCACCACCGAAUCCAACCCGCGAGUCACCAACUUCGCCGCGGGUCCCGCCGCUCUCCCCGAAAACGUCCUCCUCAAAGCCCAAUCCGACCUCUACAACUGGCGCGGAUCCGGCAUGAGCGUCAUGGAGAUGAGCCACCGCGGCAAAGAGUUCCUCUCAAUCAUCCAAAAAGCCGAAUCGGAUCUCCGUCAGCUCCUCCAGAUCCCCUCCGAUUACUCCGUCCUCUUCCUCCAAGGCGGCGCCACCACCCAGUUCGCCGCCCUCCCUCUCAACCUCUGCAAGCCCGACGAUCAUGCUGAUUACGUCGUCACCGGAUCUUGGGGAGACAAGGCCUUCAAAGAGGCGCAAAAGUAUUGUAACCCUAAAGUUGUUUGGUCGGGAAAGGCCGAGAAGUACACUAAAGUCCCGUCCUUUGAUGGGUCUGAGUUUGAGCAGAGAGCGGACGCAAGGUAUUUGCAUAUAUGCGCCAAUGAGACUAUCCAUGGAGUUGAGUUUAAAGACUACCCUGUUCCUAAGAAUCCAAAUGGUGUCUUGGUUGCCGAUAUGUCUUCCAAUUUCUGUUCGAAGCCUGUGGAUGUGUCCAGAUUUGGUGUGAUUUACGCCGGUGCGCAGAAGAAUGUUGGUCCUUCUGGUGUUACCAUUGUGAUUAUAAGAAAAGAUUUGAUUGGAAACUCUCGUGAUAUUACCCCUGUGAUGCUUGAUUACAAGAUUCAUGAUGAGAACAGUUCCUUGUACAACACUCCUCCUUGUUUCGGGAUUUACAUGUGUGGUCUCGUGUUUGAGGAUCUGUUGGCGCAGGGUGGGUUGAAGGAAGUGGAGAAGAAGAACCAGAGGAAAGCUGAGUUGCUUUACAACGCUAUUGAUGAGAGCAGAGGGUUUUUCAGGUGUCCUGUGGAGAAGUCUGUGAGGUCUUUGAUGAAUGUUCCUUUCACGUUGGAGAAAUCGGAGUUGGAAGCCGAGUUUAUUAAGGAAGCUGCUAAGGAGAAUAUGGUGCAGCUCAAGGGGCAUAGAUCAGUGGGUGGUAUGAGGGCUUCUAUUUACAAUGCAAUGCCUCUGGCUGGUGUUGAAAAGCUCGUUGCUUUCAUGAAAGAGUUCCAGGCAAGGCAUGCUUGAUUUCAGUUCUUCUUUGUUGUUGAGUGAGUAUAAGCUUUGAAUGCUUAUGGUUUGAGUUUUUGUUUCAUGUUCCUGUUUUUCGAAUUCUUAUUGUGUGCGAAAUUGUUUGGGUAAUAAUCUUUUAGCUUAUGCUAGAUGUUCAAGCAAGAGUUUAUUAAACUUUUUACGUUAGUCUCGUUUGUCCGAGACUGAAGAACUGAAAACUUAUCAAAAUCUUUGAGUAAACAACUUAUUGAGAAAAC